UUUUCACAAUGCUACUAUCAGAUAAGAUUAUUUACACUUUGGAUUGUACACGGAAAUUUUAGACUCUACACCCCAGUACAUGACAAGGCGGACAGCGUGGUAUCAGUUAUGUGUUCGCAUUUCCCAUCCAGUGAAAAAGCGAGGAAUACAGUGUCAUCGAAUUUAUAGGCCAAGUUCAAGAACUCUUCUUCUUUCUCCUUGGACUCUCUUCCGUUGCGGCUGAACUUAAUCAUCCGAAAACCAUGCCUGUUGGGAAUCUCAUAACACUCCGCAAUGAAGAUGACUUCAACCAAACUCUCACAUCCUACGUCUCUAGCCCCAAGACUCUAGCCGUUCUCCUUGACUACGACGGUACCUUGGCGCCAAUUGCUGCUCAUCCCAACAACACAUGCAUCCCACCGGAAACAGAAGUGCAUCUCAAGCAACUCGUACAACGCACUGAUGUCUUCGUUGCUGUGAUCUCUGGGCGCGGCGUAGACGAUGUUCGCAAAAAAGUCAACAUUGAAAACGUUACGUAUGCCGGCAAUCAUGGCCUGGAAAUUCUCUAUCCAAAUGGUUCCAGAUAUAACUAUCCCAUUCCUGAACCACUCAAAGUAAACUACACCAAAAUGGUUGAUAUUCUCAAUGAGAACUACGCCCAUGAUGGUGCAUGGGUGGAGAAUAAGAAGGCAUCCCUCACAUUCCACUACCGCAAUGUUCCUGAAAACCUCCACACGGAUCUCAAGGCGGAAGUCCGGAAGACGAUCGAAAGCUAUGGCUUCCGUGCGAAUCAAGCUCAUAUGGCCAUUGAAGCUAAACCCCCUGUGGAGUGGAAUAAGGGGAAAGCAGCUCUCUUUAUUCUCCAGAAUAAAUUCGGAGAUGACUGGGCGGACAAGGUGAAGGUAUUUUUCGCGGGCGAUGAUACAACCGAUGAGGACGCCAUGAUGGUGCUCAAGGGCAAAGGGAUCAGCUUUAGGAUUGCUGAAAACGACCAAAUUCAAACUCAUGCAGACUACAGGCUGGAAUCUCCCUUUGCUGUGGGGAAGCUUCUCAAGUGGCUGGAAAAUAAAUAAAAGAACAAGAUUUCAAAGAAAAAAAUAUUCCAAAGAUUUCAUGCCAAAUUAAUUUGUUAUAAAUCGCAUAGGCAAUUAUUAAGAUUUUCCAGAUAAUUAUAUACUCUAUGUAUUUCUUUUGUAAUAUUUCGUAAAUAAAAGAUUUAUUAUUUUGUAAAAGAAA